AAGAUACGCAGACACGCGCUGUGCUUGUGCAGUCUGACAGCGGCGCAUAAACAGCUAGCAUUCUUCUUUAUGCAGUCGCUUUAAACUGACAGCAUACGUUCAACACACUAUCUGAAGCGAGACGACGCAAGUGGCAAAGCAAAUUUAGGUGGAAACCGAAAGAAGAUAUCGACAUGCAGCCAGCAAGUGCCAAGUGGUAUGACAGACGAGAUGCCGUCUUCAUUGAAUUUUGUAUAGAAGACAGCAAAGAUGUCCAUGUUAAAUUUGACAAAACAAAGCUUGAUUUCAGUUGUGUUGGUGGAACAGAUAACAUGAAACACCAUAAUGAAGUAGAACUUUUUGAGUCUAUUGACCCAAAUGAGUCUAAACACAAACGCACAGACAGGUCUGUGUUUUGCUGUCUAAAGAAAGCAGAACCUGGCAAAUCUUGGCCAAGGUUAACAAAAGAAAAGGCGAAGCUUAAUUGGCUCAGUGUUGACUUCAAUAACUGGAAAGACUGGGAAGAUGACUCAGAUGAAGAAUUGUCCAGUUUUGACCGCUUUUCAGAGAUGAUGAACAACAUGGGAGGGGAAGAUGACUUACCAGAUGUGGAUGGUGCAGAUGAUGAAGAGUCUGCAGAUAGUGAUGAUGAAAAAAUGCCAGACCUUGAGUGAAGGAACCGGAAAACAUUAUGCAGAAGAAAGCAAGGAUUUACACUUAACAGUUAAAUGAAGAGAGAGACUAGGUUUGAGUUGCUAGCCAUUUAAAAAAUACUGCAUUUUCGAAACAGUUUUUCAAGGUUUUUCUGCAGAAAGACACAAUAAUUUUUUACUGUUGUGUUGAUGGCAAUCUAAGCCCCUCGACAAUACACUUUACUUAUCUGUUCUGCAUGGACAAUUGCGAGCUCUCCAUGAUGUAUUGUGGAAACCACUUAUGAUCAGUUUACUCUACAAUGGCUUUUACAGUCUUGGGCUUUCUCCUCAAUGUCAGUGGGGUUAUUGCAUCAUAUAAUGUAUACAUUGUAAUUUGUAGUAAUGGAAAACAUAGAGUGAAUGACAUUUUCAACACUUUCGGCCUACACCCUCUCCUCUUAUUCAAACUGUACAUUUUAUUUAAUUAUAUUCUUUUAGUUCUUUUAUGUUGCGGCUAAAAUUUCCGUGUGAGCGAAGCAAGCAUUGUCUUAAGGCAGAUGUUUCUUCAUUUAGCUGCAAAUGCCAGCCAAAACAUUUGUUUGCAUUUGAAAUGGAUCAAAAUAGCAUAUUCAGAUCCCUUGCACUGUUCCCUUGCAACUCAUUUUAUGUGUUUUAGCUGCAGUUUUAACCUUCAGAUAGGUUUUUGUGUCAAUCCAACAUGUUCAAAGUACAUAGUCCUGUCUGUACACGCUGCUUUAUGAAAUUAUUUCAGGUUGGCAGUUAGUAUUUGUUUUAUAUCACACUUAGACGUGUAGCAGACAAUUGUACACUGGUUUCUUCCAUAUAUGUAGAGAGGGGUAAUUUAAAAAAAAAAAAAAACAUAUUCUGUACAGAACAAAAGGUUAACUUCUCAAUAGAUGACCAAUUUGUGUUUGCACUUAAUAUCAAUGCAGGUGUGACUAAAAGAAAACAAUAAUGUUUGUGGCCUGUCAUUUCAGGUUUAUAAAUUUCCGUUUGUUAAAUUCAGUGAGGUUUUUGUCUACAUAUUUCUAAUAAACCGUCUCUAAACAA